CACUCAGUAGGCCACAAAAGCCAGAGUCAGAGUGUUGGACAACAGCAGAGCUGCCAUGGGCAUUCGCCUUGGGCAUUCUUCUUUAGCACCAGCCUGACUGGUGCUUUGCUGUGGAGGAUCGAGGAGGAAGACACCUCGCGGAAACUCAUGACCGACGCGAUGAAGGAGGUCGAUGGAGGACAUGAGCCUUUGAUCUGCGCCGUUUGCCUUGAAGAGAUCAUGGACUCUGAAACACGCUCCCGUGCUGGGCCAACCACUGGAUGUGUGCAUCGCUUUCACUGGGACUGCAUACGGAAAUGGUUCCAGGUGAAGGCGGCAUGUCCUGUGUGCAACAAGUCCUUGUUGGAGGAGGGUAUCUAUGAAGAUGACCCCAUCUCUGGAAAGUCCAUCUUCCACCGGAUCCGCCCCGAGGGGGUCCGUGGCUCGCUCCACUCGGCGGCGGCCGCGGGCCAUGUGGCAGGCAUUCAGCGGCUCCUGGCCGCCGGAGCUUCUGUGAACCGCACCACCUUGGGUGGUGUGGCGCCGUUGCAUAUGGCUGCACACCAUGGGCAUGCAGAGGCCAUUGCUCGCUUGCUGGCGGCCGGAGCAGAAGUGAAUCAGCUGGCGCCCGGUGGCACCACGGCGCUCUAUAUCGCGGCGCAAGGGCAGCAUGCUGAUGCGGUUGCGCGGUUGCUGGCCGGUGGAGCAGCAGUCAACUUGGCAUCGGAGGGCGGAGGUACUGCACUUCAUGUGGCAGCACAGAAUGGCCAUACUGAAGCCGUGGCCUGGCUACUGGCUGGCAGUGCAGAAGUGGAUGCCGUGAUGGACGGCGACAUCACGCCUCUCUUCCUUGCAGCACAGAGUGGUCACAUUGAUGUGAUGGUUCGUUUGCUGGCGCAGGGUGCCUCGGUCACUGCAGCCGCCGGCAACGGCGCCACCGCCUUGCACUAUGCCGCCUUGCACGGCCACGCCGAGUCGGUGGCCCGGCUCCUGGUGGCCCGGGCCAAUGCCAACGAGGCCACCCGCAGUGGCGGCACGGCCUUGCACGUGGCGGCGCAGGGAGGACACACCGAGGCCGUGGCAUGGUUGCUGGCCGGGCGCGCGGAUGUGCGGAAGGAGAUGAUGGGUGGCUCCACACCCUUGUACAUGGCCUCCAUGGGCGGCCAUUCAGAGGUCAUCGCUUGGUUGCUGGCCAAACAGGCGCCGGUGGAGACCACCUCCCGCGCCAGCGAGGCGAACGCCGCGCUCUAUGCGGCGGUGCGGGGAGGACACGCGGAAGCGGUGAGCCGGCUGCUGACAGGUGGAGCGAAUCCCAACCGCCACGUUGGGCCUUCACCCUUGCGCACGGCGGUGCUACAUGGACACACAGAGGUGAUUGGACGAUUGCUCACGGGCGGUGCCACGGUGAAGCCAGACGAUGUUUGGGCUGCGUUGUUGCUGGGAAACCUACGUGGGGCACGGCGCUUGGCGAAGGCCAGCAACUACUCAUGGGCUGUCUUGCGCCGGGGCUGCUGGCUGGUUGCAGGAGUGCUGGGCGCCUGCACUUUGACCUAUAUGCUUUCGGGCGCCCUCCUGCAACGCGCCCUCCUGGAGCUGAUCGUCCUGGAGACGCCCGGGCCGGCUUGAGCGCACCGAAGUGUGCCCCUUGCGCCAGCAAAGUGAGCCCGCUUUUUCGGGGUGUGAGUCAUCAAUCAUCAUCAAUCCCCU